AUGGACGAAGCCCGUCCGGGGAGCACUCUGCCUGUCCGGCCAGCGCCCAUGUCGCGUUGGGACGCCAGGGUCUCGGAGUCCUUUUUAGCCGAGCUCACCAGGCCCGGAUGUCCUGAGGGCUAUGCCAAACAGAAGGAGCCCACUCACUCGACGGUAGAGAUUGCCAGCAAGCUGCCUCCGGUCGUGGGGCAGGAGGCUGGCAAAGCCGAAGGUAUGGCGUGGUACCGUCAAGACAGGUACAGUGAAGAUGAAAUCGACGUGGAGUUGGUGGAUAAUGAGCAAACGAAACCCCAUUCGAGGGAUCACGAUGCAGUUGGCCAUGACAACGACAGACAGAAUAAGGACGAUGGAAGGUCGGGAGAAUCGAGGACCUGUUCCAAAAUGGACAACCCAAGUACAUUGUUGGCAUCAUUCGGGUCGGAGAUAUCGAUCAGUGCAUCCAUGGUGUCGGGCCGGUAUGCCUCCUCUCCUCUCCAAGACUGCCGGAAAAGUACAACUGUUCCGGCAACUAAAGACAAUCUCCCCCACCUGCCGGUCGCAUUGUCAGAUCCGAGGUUUUGGGGGGAUGCUUCGCGCAACAGACGCUGGACCGGCAGAUGGGACAACGCUGAGCCGACAUGGCGAUUGCAGGAAGUCGGACUUGACGAGAAGGAGGCUAAAGAAGCUGACGACGAGGAGGGGAGUGCAGAAGAAGAAGCAAAUGCAAAAGAGAUUUUUGGAACACCGGCAGACCAGAACAUGCCAACAAGAAAUCACGAUAAAAUGGGUAAAUGA